CCUCAGGACCCUCAGGAGCAUGGCGCUGGUCCAGGACGACCCGGAGCAUCUGAACUCUUCUUCGGUCCACAGCUUCUACGGUAGAGAAGUUCUGCUCCCCCGGGCCGGGCUGGCCACUCUCUCGGCCGUCAUGGCCGUGUUCUCGGUCACAGCUGUGCUCCUGAACUCCACAGUGAUCGCAGUGACCCUGCGGCACCGCCAGCUGCGCCAGCCGCUCAACUUCGCCCUGGUCAACCUGGCCGUGGCCGACCUGGGCACCACGCUGACCGGCGCUGUGCCAUCUGUGGUGACCAACGCUGUGGGAUACUACAUCGCUGGACGAGUGGGCUGCGUGCUGGAGGGCUUCUGCGUGUCUUUAUUCGGUAUAACAGCGCUCUGCACCGUGGCUCUGAUCGCUGUGGAGCGAUUAUUCGUGGUAUGUAAGCCGCUGGGCACCAUCAUCUUCCAAAAGAAGCAUGCAGUGAUGGGUGUAGCAGCGUCCUGGCUUUGGUCUCUCCUCUGGAACACUCCUCCUCUGUUCGGCUGGGGAAACUACGAGCUGGAAGGCGCUGGGACUUCCUGUGGGCCAGACUGGCAAAACAGAGACCCGUCAAACUUCUCCUACAUCAUCUGCUACUUCUUGCUGUGCUUCGCUGUGCCGUUUCUUAUGAUCGUGGUGUCGUACUCCUGGCUGCUGUGGACGCUGAGGAAGGUGGCUAAAGUUGGAGGUAGGUCAGCGGCGAAGGCGGAGACUCGGGUAGCCUGGAUGGUGGUGAUGAUGGUGGUGGCGUUCUUGGUGAGCUGGAUGCCGUACGCCACUCUGGCUCUAACCGUGGUCUUUAAACCUGACGUGAACUUCAGUCCUCUGGUGAAAGUCAUGCCCAUCUACAUGGCCAAGAGCAGCACCAUCUACAACCCAAUGAUCUACAUCUACAUGAACAAACAGUUUCGGACGUACGCUGUGCCGUUCCUGCUGUGUGGGAGGAACCCAUGGCCUUCAGAAGAGGAAGAAGAUGAAGAAGCAACAACAGAGGUUCAGACCGCUGUGAGCCACGUGAACAACAGAGUCAGUCCAGAGUGAUCAGAUUAGCUAGAAAAUUAGCCUUAGCAUUGGUCUGUUUACCAAAAGACUGACUGCCUUUAUGUGUGUAAAUUUCACUCACAUGUAAUUUGAUUAGCACUGCUGAGGAAAAUGUAUUCUGUGUUUAGUUGGUGUCUGUUGGUAUGUUAAAAAUGUUCAAUGUUUAAUAAAUAUUUGUAAAUUUUA